AUGUCUGAAGUACAGGGAACACUGGAGUUUUCUGUAGAGUUGCACAAGUUUCACAAUGUGGAUCUCUUUCAAAGGGGGUUCUACCAGGUACGAGCAGGACUGAAGGUCUCACCUCGAGUGCCCCACAGGUUGAUAGCGACAACACAAGACAAUACAGGAGAAUGCAGCUUCAGCUCUGCAGGGGUUUACGACGGCACCGUGUUCAGCCGGAUAUUUCAGAUCCUUUACAGAAACGAGGAGAUUGCGGUGAAUGACUGUAUGAUCUUCAAAGUCCAUCUGCUAUUGGACGGAGAAAGGGUGGAGGAAGCCUUGAGUGAGGUGGACUUUCAGUUGAAGCUGGAUCUUCAUUUCACUGACAAUGAGCAACAGCUGGCAGAGAUAGUGACUGUACCGUUGAUCAGCAGUCGUACCCUCAGCCUCCACUUCCACCCGCGAAGAGGCCUCCACCAUCAUGUCCCUGUCAUGUUCGACUACUUCCACCUGUCCGUCAUCUCUGUCUCCAUACAUGCCUCACUGGUUGCCUUACAUCAGCCGCUAAUCAGCUUUGCACGUACAGGGAAGGGCUCCUGGCUGGGGAAGGGCUCACCAGAGAGCGCGAGCGACCCAUCUGCCAUGUCUGUAGAGAACCUCGUGUUCGGAGCUGGCUACUGCAAGCCUGUCAUCUCCGAGGGGAGCUUUUAUGUGCCCAGUGAAAACUGCCUGCAGAGAGCUCAUACGUGGCACCGAAGGCUCUGUCGCCUCCUGUUGGUGGCACACAGAGGCCUGCACUCCUACCACAUUGCACUGAUGAAGGAAAUCCCACAGCUCCAGCAGACUCCACUAGACUCAGAGGCACAGCCUGUAGAAGAAACUCUAAAUCAGCUCACAAUAGAGUUACAGCUGCAGGAGGGCCAUGAGAAGGUAGCAGAACAGAUCAGCAGGGAUGUGAGCCAGCUCUGCUCCCAGCUGGCUGCUCUGUGGAGCCGCUUCCUGGAGGCCGCUGUGCUCAACCCCCACAUCCUCUCCUAUCUGGCCCAGGAGCACCACACGCUCAGGGUCAGGAGGUUCUCAGAGGCAUACUUCUUCACCGAACACCCCAAAGAGAUAUCUCUGACUUUUCAAGAGGAACUAAUCAACAGACAUGGCCAGAUAGCUGCAGAAGUGCGGAGCUCAGACUACCUGACCAAGAUGCCUCCUUUGCCAGUUGAGUGCCUGGACAUCGAUGGAGACUGGAACAGCCUGCCCAUCAUCUUUGAGGACAGAUAUGUGGAGUCUCCUCAAACAGAGUGGACAUCACAUGUGCCAGUGCCUGCAACUACUGAAGAGCGGACCAAGUCAGAUCCUGCCAUUACUCCUUCCAACAGGAUUACUGAAAGCAGCCAGGGAGCCAGAUCACCAGCAAUACCCUUGGAUCCCUUGGACAGUGAUGACUGCAUGGACCUGCCCACAUAUGUCUCCUUUAUAGCAGAGCAGAGUAAGACGCGUACCAACAUCAGACGCAUCCAGAGCCCCAUUCCCCCUGAGGACAGCGCUGAACUCUCUCAAGCAGAGGCAGAAAACUUGAAGGAACCACCAGAAAAACAAGGCCAGAUUGCGGAGAACUGUAGUUCGGGCCUGAGGUAUAACACAAUUAAGCCUUGUGAUGUUGAUCCAUAUAAAGACGAAGCAGUUCUGGUUCACACCUCAAACCACAAUCCUCUCACUGACUCUACUAACAGCAGUGGUGAGUCUCCUGUUCAUAAUGUAACAGAAAAUACCAUCCAACUUUGUGAUGCCACAAAUGAGAGCAAUGCAAGAGAGGGUGAAAACAAUGAAGAGGAGUCUGGCAUUGCAGUGCCAUUAAAUCACUCCAUGGAUGAUGAGAGUGAGGAUGUUCCUCUCAUCAGUCUACCCACACCCUACGCGCAUCCAGUUGUAUCUCCCUUUCCAGGUGAUCUCAGAAAGGAGAUGACUCACCGUGGAGGCCUGGUCAGCUCCAAAAUCAUGAAGCGCUCUUCCUCUGUUAUUUCCGACUCAGGUAUCGAGAGUGAGCCCAGCUCAGUAGCCUGGCCUGUGGAGGCAACACUACGUGGUCGACCUCCUGUAGAGUUCUCUAGUGAACGGGAGUUCCCACAGCAAAUAGAACGUCGCCACCCGGUCCACCGCAGCUCUCUGGAAGGCUUGCAGAUGGAGAGCAAUGGCAGUAUUCCAAGUGGAGGUAUACAGGCCUCGCUCACCUCUAUUAGCUCCCUGCCCUAUGAGGAGGACCAGCAGCAGAGGCAGCUCAGCAAACUGACCAAGUCAGUCUCGGCACCACAGAUAAGUAGCCCAGAAGACACUGAGGAGGACCAUGUGCUGCUCAACCAGGAAGCAGAUACUAAGAUCUUAGUGCGGCGCCAGGACUCACGUAAGAUUAACUGCUCUUCUUUGAUCAGCAACCUGGAUUCAGAACAAUCUGAAUCAUCUUUAUUAGACACAAGUUCAGGUACAAAUCUUGGCCAUAUUCUCCAGGAGAGUAUUAGCUCUGAAAAAUCAAAGCCUCCACACUACCUGUCAGAAACAUACAGACCCAAGACAGGGUUAAGUGAUGUGUCUGAAGUGUUGCUUAUACAAGAGUCAGUAGAAAGUCCUAAUGUGAAGGAAAGCGCUUUUGUUGGCAGCUGUGGGGAGAAUAUUAACCGUCAAACACACAUCAGUGGAGUGAGCGCCUCAGUUGAGGAUGUGCAUCUCACUGAAUCGGAAGCAGUGCCCUGCGGCUGUGGAAACAAACCAUGUGUGCAUAAAAGUGCUGCAGAUCAGGAUAGAAUUAACAGUGGUGAUGAGUGCCACAGUCUCCAUCAGGCUGAACUGCUUGGUGUUGAGGAAAAGGAGAGUCUGGAUUGCUCCCAAACACUUCAAGAGCCUCCAGAGCUUCAAUACUCCAACGGCCUUCCCAGCAGUAUGACCACCACACAGAGGCCCAAUGACCUUGCAGGGCUGACAGCCAGUGAUAUUAUAUCAUUUGCUGACGUCAGUGGAAUAUCAUCCAGUGAGAAAGAGCCUUUGGACUGCCAGAACAAGUCCUCUAAAAUCCCCAACUCGGGGCUGGCCUUUGUAAAUAAGAAGAUGGUGGAGGUGGUGAACAUGUCAGUGUCCUGUGCCCCGACCUGUCUACCAUUUUCCUCUGUUCUUCGAGACUCUCCGUCCAUCAGUGGAAUGUCCACUCGCCAGGCUACCUCACCUAUCACCCAUCAGCCCCUGGGCUCCUUUGGUAUCAUCUCCACAUCUUCACUUAACCCCCUUAAUAUGGAUGAUGAGACCAACGAAAGAAUGCUAAAUUUCUACAAAGCCAAAGAGGAGUUGUUCAAAGAGUUGAGCUUUCAGGCCAACUUGUACAGUGACCUUCCUCUCCUGGCAUCAGAUCUGCCCUACUUCCCCCCUGAGGAGGACGAUGAGGAAUUUGAUGAUGGCAUACACCUUGUAGUGUGUGUCCACGGGCUUGACGGAAACAGCGCAGACCUUCGGCUGGUGAAGACUUUCAUUGAGUUAGGGCUGCCAGGAUCCAGGCUCGACUUCCUCAUGUCUGAGAGGAACCAGACUGACACGUUUGCAGAUUUCGACACCAUGACAGACAGGCUGCUGGAUGAGAUCAUUCAGCAUAUCCAGCUGUACAAUCUCACCAUAGGCAGGAUAAGCUUCAUCGGCCACUCUCUGGGGAACAUCAUCAUCCGCUCUGUGCUGACGAGGCCUCGCUUCCGCUGCUAUUUGCCCAAACUGCACACUUUCCUCUCGCUGUCAGGCCCACACUUGGGAACUCUCUACAACAACAGCACGUUGGUCAGCACAGGUCUGUGGUUGAUGCAGAAGCUGAAGAAAUCGGGAUCCUUGCUACAGCUCACCUUCAGAGAUCAUGUUGAUCCACGGAAAACAUUCCUCUAUCUCCUGAGUCAGAAACCAGGGCUCCAGUUCUUCAAGAAUGUGGUAUUGGUUGCGUCUCCUCAGGACCGUUAUGUUCCUUUCCACUCUGCUAGAAUAGAGAUGUGCAAAACUGCUCUCAAAGACAGAACUACAGGGCCUGUGUACACUGAGAUGAUCAAUAACCUCCUGCAGCCACUCGUGGAGGCCAAAGAGUGCCGGCUGAUCCGCCAGAAUGUGUUUCAUGCUCUGCCCAACACCGCCAACACCCUGAUUGGUCGUGCUGCCCACAUUGCUGUCUUGGACUCUGAGCUUUUCCUGGAGAAGUUCUUCUUAGUGGCUGGGCUCAACUACUUCAAAUAAAGGUGCUAGUACUGCAGACUGACGGGGACAGAAUCUGAUGGUAGCUAACAGAGCUGAUUUGGAGGAAAAGGUCUUUAUCGUCACCUUGUACAGUAUAUGUAAUGUAUAUAAUCCCUGGUAUCAAAGAGGCAAGACCUGUGUAUCCCAAUGGUUAUGAUUGUUAGCAGUGUAUUGUGACUGUUCAAAUUGCUAACUCAAAAGUCUGAGUUUGACGUGUAGCCAUGCAAAAGAAAACAUCUGACACCUAUCACAGGACUGACUGUUGGUGUUUUGUUGGCCUUAUGAAUAACCUCUCAGCCAGAACACUAACAGAUGCUAAUUGUGGUCUAAAGCAUUUAACUGCGUUCCCUUUAGAGUUGGUUUAGAGCCUUUAGCAUCACUGGUUGACUGACUUCUUCUUUAAGGGUUACAUGAUGAUAGUCAUACAAUAUCCUUAGAACCGAGGCAACAGAUGCACAGCAUUUAUCCCCCUGACUGUACAUGAAGUAUUUUGUUGUACAAAACAUAGACGUUCCUAUACAGAAAAGGGUAUAUUGUUUAAAAGUAUUUAUUUUUUAUCUGUUUAUGUAUGUGCAGUGUAAGUAGUCCAUCUCAAUGUGAUCUUCUGUUUGUUAUCCAUCAUCAGAUUCAUCACGGAAAUCAGAGUGUUUAUAAUACAGUGCAGUUGGAAGUGUUACACUAUAGUGAAGCCUAUAGUCCAGUAUAGUGGAUAUUUAAAGAGUUCGCUUUUUCAUACUUUUACUUUAUUAGUUUAUUUAUGUUUAACAGCACAUCAGGUCAGCCUAACCCACUGAACCUGAUCAGCUAAGCAUUAGCUAAUGAGCAAUACAGUAUCUUUGAUACCAACGGCUCUACUUGCUAUGUAAUCCUUCACUUUUUAAUCGAUUGUUUGGACUGCAGUUUGGCUUUGCAGACUUUGCAUGGCACAUAUGCAGUUUAUACAGUAGCUAACCAUCCAUGGAUCCAGAAAGUCUAGAUUUGGAUCCCUCAUCGUUCACUUCUUCACUCAUUCAACCUGCUGGCAAACCAUUAAAAUAACUAGAGAAGGCUAACUGUCACUUUCUGCCACCAGUUUGGCUCCGCCCACAAACGUCAUUGCUAUUUACAAAACCAAAAAAGUGGACUACACAGCGGCUAGUCGUUUUUUUUAAAUGUAACUUGUAACCCACAAAUGUAAUGUAAUGUAACUUAGUAAAUGACAUGUUCCUUGCCCCCUUGGAAGCAAUGCUUGGUUACUACUACAAGUUGUAAGCUAGUGAGGUAGUAAGCUCCUUGAAUCAUGUAACAAGGAGGCAGAAAGGCAGAAAACAGGCUUACUCAUGUAAUCAACAGUAAACACACUAUACAUAAAAUGUGAAAGAAACACAUUACCCAGGACUAUAUAGUGCAAUCUCACGGUCUAGUGACCAUUAUGUUCUUAAUGAACCAUUUUAAAUUGCUGAUUAAAAUCCCCUGCAGGAGGAUGGAUUUUGCAGUGCACUUUCAAAAUGAUUUUUUUAAAUGGCGUGAUCAGGGUGUCAUCGCUUUUUUCUUUUUGGGAAAACUGGAUUAUUUUGUGUUAUACGUACCCACUGCCAAGACUCUCCCUCACACACUAUUAUUUUCUAUAAACUGAAAGUAAAGUUCAAAAGUAUGAUGCAUGGUGAUAGCAGGAAAGCACCGUCGUAGCAGACUCUGUCUCACGUUGUUUGAUGCCAUAUUUUGAUCAUCUCAGCUAAAUCAGAACUCUGUUGUGUAAACUGUAUUUAUUUUUUUCCUCCACAACCUCUGCUGUCACAAUCAAGCGUGACAGGAGAGGUGUACUUUUCCAGCAUACCGGUGAGGACUGUUUCCUCAUCACUGUGCUGUCCAUCAAAUGAUGUUUACGUUCAGGCAUCAGAGAACUGUUAUCGUAAACGUCUCGUAUCCAGCAGUGGCUGUGCAUCUGCUGCAUAUGUAGUUAUGUACAUAGAGAGCUAUAUUUAACCUUUGCACUGGUAUGAUGGCAAGUGCACUUUAUUGACAACCUUGAAUCAACCUCCACUAGCUUUAUAAAGUCCAAACAGCUAUUUUGUUUCUUGUUUUCCUUUUUGUUUAUACAUGCGCUGCUUCUUUACAUCUGAAGGUUGCGUCCCACGCUCGUUGUAAAAACUGACCUCGGCUGCCUGUCUCAGCCAUUCAAGCAUUGUGUUGUCUUCAAAGUGUGCUGUCUCGGAGAACAAGCGAUGACAUCGCAAAGUGCUCUUUUCUGUGUGGAAGCUGUAGGUGUGGCGCUGCACGGUAAACAGAGUGUCACCGUGAUUGACUCUAAUCAAAUGGGCCCCUUUAGGACACAGGGAUCGCUCUCAAAAAGCCACUAAGCAAAGCUGUGUAAGCAAUCUGUAGGAGCUGCCAUGCAUCAUGCAUCAUUUCUCAACCCAAAAAAACACACACACACACAAACACACAUAGUGUAUAUGGAUGAGGCUUUAGCUUGUUUGCGUUUGCAUUUAGGGCCGUGUGUGUUUACCCACAGGGGUGAACGGGAAUCGAUGGAGGGAAAAAGUGAUUGUGGUGUUGAGGCUGGCCCCUUCAAGGGCAAAUACAGGUUUGAAACUGUUCCGUGAGAUGGAUUGCUGUCCUGUAAAAGGCAGUCCAGUAUUAGAUGAGGAAAAUUAGUAUUUACAUUAUGCUAACAAUCCUGUUUACAUAGAAUGGUAUACAUUUUGUUUGUUUGUUUAUUAUGACUGAAUAUGUCUCUGAGAGUGUUAAGUGUACAUUAAUGCUGUCGUCAUAACUGAGAGUGAAUUCAUCUGUGAUCCAUAAAUCCAAUAGACCCUUGCAAGUGUUGUCAACCUUCAAAACUAGCUGACUUGAACCUUUUUGUAUUUGAUUGCCCUUUACUGAGAGUCAUGUGUUCAUUUGUAAUUUGUGCGUGCGUGUGUGUGUGUGUGGUUGUUGGAGGAUGGCGUGUAACAUGCGUACAAAAGGAAAUGUGUUAUCAUUGUCUGCUGGGUGGAGCAUCCUUCAUGUGAACUGAAUGUAAAAAAUGUUUGACUUCACUGUGAGGAACAUGUAUUUAUUUCAUUCUGCAGUUCUUUUGCUGAAUGUAUAACAUGUAAAUGAACAGUAAAUACUACUUCAUCUGUGCCAAUACUACUCUAAUAUUUUUCUAUGUUGCUGUAUGUAUUGUAUGUACUCCUUAGUAGCUUGUGUUCUAUGUAAAAAUAUAAAUAUGAAUAUAUAUAUAAAUAUAUA